AGAGAGAGCGCUUGGUAACAUACUUUGUGAGGGGCUGGGUGUACAUUGUCCUCUGCUCUGACAGCCUAAGGGUCCUCCCACUCCCUCAUUCAGAGCAGUCAUGUGACCUGGGCUUUUGCGAGUACAACAGUGCUGGGAGACUGUUCCAUUCAUUUCCUUCUGAGUAACACACAGAGGAGGAGGGGAGGGUGGGAGAGAGAGAGAGAGAGAGAGAGAGAGAGCAAGAGAGUCACAGAGAGGUAACGACAGACAUCGAGAGUGCUCUAGACGAGAGAGAGAGAGAGAGAGAGAGAGAGAGAGAGAGAGAGAGAGAGAGAGGAAGGGGAAAAAAAGGGGAGAAGCUCUGAGGAUAGCACUUCUCACACUGUAGAGCUUCAAACAAGACUCCUUGUUGACACACAAUGUUAAUGCUGGAUGGGAUGCCAAUCCUACGAGUCAAAACAGAGCCAGUGGAGUCCCAGCGACGGUCACCUGAAAUGCACGGAUACCCAGAGAUGGGAGUUCUGGUGAUGGAUGGAAGAUUUCGCCCGCGUAAUAUAGAGAGACGUUUUCCCACAGACCUGUACCAGACCCAAACAGAGCCUGUGGACCUGUCCACCAACAAAAACAGAACCUCCCCAUCUUCAUCAUCAUCAUCAUCAUCAUCAUCAUUGUCGUUGUCGUCGUCGCUGUCAUCUUCCCCAGCGUCCUCAUUAUCUUCGUUACGUUUCUCCUCCCGGUCCCCUCCCAUCACUCCCACCAAACACUCAUCACCGUCGUCAUCUUCAUCAUCCUCAUCUUCCCCUUCAUCUUCCUCUCCCUCGGUCAUCACCCCGGUCCCCCGACCCAAAGUUUCACCAUCGAGCCCCUGUCCUGUGGUGACGUCCCCUCCCGCGGGGCUGCGUGGGCAGCCGUUCCUCCACAUGGCCCACCCCGUACCCCCCUGCCACAGCCCGGUUCACCUCCAUCCGCGGAGGGUCCCCGUGGUGGUACAGCCUGUACCCUUGGUCUACGCUGGCUCUCUGGGAACAGCAGGCCUAAUGGUUCCACUGCUUGAGGAAAACAGGAGACAAGGGAAAGUCACACACAGAAUCCCAGAUGGCCUGUCGCCACGGCGAUCCCACAGCGAUAGUGAGGAUGAUGACCUGCCCAGUGUCACCUUGGACAGUGUGAAUGAGACGGGCUCCACCGCACUAUCCAUCACCAGAGCAGUGCAAGAGUCCAUGUUGCCAUUCAGUAUUGAGAGCCUGAGGCCGAGGAGGUCAGAGUCUCCUGACUCCAAGAGGAGGCGUAUCCAUAGGUGUGAGUUUGAGGGCUGCAAUAAGGUUUACACCAAAAGUUCUCACCUGAAAGCCCACAGGAGAACGCACACAGGUGAGAAACCCUAUAAGUGCACGUGGGAUGGCUGCACUUGGAAGUUUGCACGGUCUGACGAGUUGACCCGACAUUACCGUAAACACACGGGGGUCAAACCCUUUAAAUGUUCGGACUGUGACCGCAGCUUUUCCCGCUCGGAUCACUUAGCCUUGCACCGCCGCCGCCACGCCCUCGUCUGAGGAGGAGAGCGAGUGAUGAACAGAUGGAUAGGCCAAUGUGCAGGCAGGGAUUAAUAUCUACCUGCCAAUCAACAUUCAGGAGGGGCUGGACCUCUGCCUAACUGCCCUAAAACCCCUCACAGCUACCAUGGACAGGAGCUCAGCCCAGAGGAGAGGAGAGACAGAUGGACGGAGUACAUAUCUGAGGGAGGAAGAGGGAGGGGGAGAGAGAAAUAAAAGAGGAAA